AUGGAUUCGAUGAGAUCGGAGCAAGUUGACUUGUUCUUAGGUAAUUCACUUCACAACGAGAUAAACAGUGAAAAUAACACUAAACCAAAACUAUACCCUCAAACACCAAAAGUAACUAUAACCAAGGCAGAAAAUACCAACAACUCUACUAUGCUUCGUCCAGAUACGCCUUCCUUCCAUUUCGGUCUCAAUUUACUGCCGUCCUUUGAGUUUUCUUCUCCCGUUCAUCCAACAAGUUCACCAUUCAAGCCUCUUAAUACAAAUGGAACAACCAUCAAAGGGGUAAAACCACUCAUUAUCAGAGAUUCACUACCAACCAAACUAAACUCAAAUGACUUCAAAUAUGAUACAAAAAGAGAACUCAGCAGAAGCACAGACGACGAAACAACCAUCUCUCAUGAAGAGGAACUUUGGUCCCCUCGUGUUAAUAACACCCAACCAAACAUGACUACAAUGAUUUCCAAUGAUGGGCUUUCUGAAGACCAGAACAGUGAAGGGAGACCAAGGCAAGGCAUUAGCACUAAUUUCCUUACUCCAAGAAAGUUUAUGAUUGGAGAAUCGGGAAACAACGACGAAAACUCCAGCGGUGGAAGUAGUUCUCGUGAACCGGCAACACCUUCUGUUGUAUUAAAGGAAGGUGUCAAAAGAAGAAAAUUGCAAAUCAGAAAUACGCCAAAUCGUUCAAUAGCUAGCAAGAUAGAUACAACAAUAGAUUCACCUGCAUCUCCAAAGGUUGACUCAACUGAUUCAGAAGUACUUCACGCAGCGUCAGCUGUAUUAGCUGGCUCGUUAGCCAAUAAGGAAGAAAAGGUUUGGAACCCAGAAUUGGAUGACGUAUUGAUCAAGUCCUUUCUUAAGUAUAGAGAGUUUAGAGCCAGCCAAUCUGGCGGCCAUUCUUCUGUCCUUAAGAAUACAUCACAAAAUAGAGUGUUGUCUCGUAUGAUAUUCAACAAAACUGGAAUAUCAAGAAGUGCUAAACAAAUUUCAUCCAGGUUAUUUAGGUUGUCAAAAUCAAACAGGUUGGAUAAGAAGGGAAGAAUAACACAGACUCCUCAGUCAGGUUCAAGUAACCAGAGGCUUGAUGAAUUGAUUCAAACUCCAUUGGACGAUUUGAUGUUCACACAAGGAUCCUCAAAUCAAUCCAAUCGUACAAUUGGUCUGGAGUUUGAUGCUUUAUUGUCAUCAUCGCCUGUGAAUAUCGAUAUUCAUGAUGCUCCCACGUAUGAACUUUUUUUGAAAGAAUUCAAUUUGCAGUAUGUGAGUAACAAUCAAGUGGAACACCAUAUAUUUUCAAAGUUGAACCUGAGGGGAGAAUCAAGGCAAUCGCUAUCCACACUUGCAUCAAAAUAUCAAAUUGCUCCCAAAAUCCUCCAAAUGCUUCAUGAAGAUGGGAUACCUUUGUGGUUGAUCAGUCACGAUGUAAACUUGCUUGUGAAUCAUCAACAACCAUUCACGACAUCAACCCCAAGAUCUGCAAUUACUGAGACACCAUAUCAUUUCCCUUUAAACCUCAUGAAUGGUCAAAUUGAUUCAUACAUGGAUAUUAACGUGACAUGUUCUGAAAAUAGAACAAAAAUGUUAAGUUGGAACAGUUUCACUCAAAUAUUUAAGGGGAAAAAUAGCAAUAACAAACUAUCAGAAUUUAUUGAAAUGGUAAAUGGCUAUUAUGUUUCCUCAUCCAAUGCAUACUCAUUACAAAUUCCGUUCAUGAAAUGCUUUUUUAUGGGAUAUAUUAACUAUCUCGUGAAUGGUCAAUCUUCAGUUAGCGAAAAUGACAACUUGAGGAUAUACCAAGCCAUCUACAAAAAUAAAGGCAAUAAUGGAAUGGGGUUUGAUGCUGAUAAAUCCCAGUUGAAAGGAUAUAUUAUACACGAAUUCAAUAUGCGAGGAACUUCUGGGAAGUCAGCACUUGAAAUAAUCACUGUUACUGAAGAUAAUUCACAAAAGAAAUUCGGUACAUCUGAUAAUAUAAUUCAAUGCAAACAGGAACUAGAUGACAAUGAGACAAUCCCUGCCGACUCAUCUCCAAUCAAGGGUACUCCUUCAGAUGAAUUGCACUUUGGUACACCUAGCAGGCCAGAAAUACGAAUCGACGUCAGAAAAGCGAACUCUUCAAGGGGCAUGAACGCAGGACCAAUGACUGCCCCUGCUUGUGAUUCAACAAUUUCUUAUAUGCCUAAUAAAGCACAAUACUUCGAAAAUAACUUAAUGAGACAACAGAUGACUCCAAUGCCUGCCAUUGUUGGGCAAGUACAAAGACCCCCCCUUCAAUAUUCUCAAUCCCUUGCAACUAUUGAGGAUUGGAAAAGACAGGCUACGGGGAUAAAUUUGUUAUCGGGCACUAUGGAUCAGAAAGUAAGAUUGAUGGCUAAUCCUUUUAUGAACAGCUCAAACCCUGGUCCCGCUCAUCCUACAGAGUUGCAACCAUCAUUUAUGGAACUGCAAACAUUUACUCAGAUUCAACAGUUCUCACGACAAAUGACUUCAAAUUAUCAUCUCAAUCAACAGAUUCAACAACCACAAGAAACAUACAUGUAUCCCAACAACAUUUCUCGUGUGACGCAAAACUUUCAGGAGCAACAAAAUAUGUAUAUGCAACAAAACAAUAAUCAAAUGAACUUCGAUCAAGUUUAUCCAGUGAAUUUUGGUAACCAGCAAAUGCAGUUCAUGGCAAAUAAUGUACAAGCCGCACCAACUCAGAAUAUGCAAAAUAUUAUGUCAAAAGUCAAUGAAUCUGCUUCUAAUUUUGGUCAAAACGAGUCAUUGAAUAAGGAAAAUAUCAAUCCAAGAAAUAUAAAAUUCGGUCCAAUAUUGGAGUAUGAUCCUUCUGAAGAUAUUAAGAAGUUUAGACAAACCAACAACUCUGCAAAACGAUCAAUUGGUACCAAUAGUUUCCCCGUCAACACCCCAGUCAAUUUUUAUAAGCCAAAAAUGAACUAA